UAUUAUAUUUUGACUUUCGAAAAAAGGAAAUAAUUUUUUCGCAAAAAAAAAAAAAUUUCUUCACAAAAAAAACUUCAGAGACUAAAAAAAAUUCAACACUUGAAAAAACGUUAUCAAACAUAAAAAAAAAUGUCUAAAGAUAAUUUAAGUGAGAUUAAUUGAUGUCAAAUUUUGGCGAAAAAAAUCAAAAUUUAUCAAAAAUUCAACAACAAAUCACUGAUGACAAUAAAAAUGGAAAAGAAAUUCAAGGGGAAAUUGCAGAAAGGAUCGAUAAAAAAAUUAAAAAAGAAAAUUUAAAAAAUCAAACUAAUAAAAAUUCAUUGAUAACGUUGAAAAAAAAUUAUCAUUUAGAAAAUGAUUUAUUAAUUCGAAAUGUUGUUCCUGGAUCAUUUAAUUCGCCAAGAUUGAUACAACUAACACCGUUUGUCGUCAAUUCUUUACAACGAAAAACAUUGAAAAAGGAAAAAAUUCGCCGUGGAAUUCCAAAUUUAUUUGAAUUAUCUUCAACACAAGGAAUUCCCGAUCCUUGGAAAUUAAUUUUAUCUAAUUCUGAAAACGAUUUUUAUUCCGAUGAUGAAAAAGUGGAUAUUUGUUUGUGUGAACCAAAAUUAAAAACAGAAGAAAAGAAACAAAAAUUUCCCACUACAUGUGAAAAAUUAAGGAGAAAAAAAUUGAAACGCAAAUCAAAAAAUAAAAAAAUCCCCAAAUAUUGUGAAAUUUUUGAAAAAAUUAUUACCAAAGACACGUCGAAGCCAAUUAAAUGCAAGAAAACAAAAAAUUUUGCAUGUAAUACAGAUGAUUUUUUAGAAAAAAAUGUUGAAAAACAAAUUAAUUAUCAAAAUUUAUUGGAAUCAAAUAAUAUUAUUCAAUGUGAAAUAAAUGGAAAAAUAACAAUUCACACUCUAAAGGGUGAAAAGAGCUUUAAUGGAAUUGGAUCAUUGAAAUUGAAUUUGAAUCAGAAUGAAAAUAGUGAUGUCGUUGAAAAGAAUCAGAAGGAGGAAAAUCCAUGUUCUUCUGGUUUUUAUCAAAAUUUUUGUAAUCAAUUUUCAAAAACAUUGAAAAUUCGUGAAAUAAUAACAAAUUUUGAAUCGUUGAAAAAAAUUUCAAAAUUAAAAAAAGCAUUAAAUGGCAAAAAAUGCGAACAAAUUGAAACUAAUUUUGAUGAUGAGAAAAAAUUAAUUUGCUACAAAUGUUCAUGUCCAUAUUUACGAAUUUUGACUGAAAAUAAAUUCGCCAAUGAAAAUUCAUCUCAAGAACACGAAAUAAAUAACAAAUCAAAAGCAGAAAAUGAAAAAUUCUGUAAAACGAAAUGUGACACAAUUAUCGAGUACAAUAAAAAUAAAAAACAAAAGGAACAACAUUUGAGGAAUAAAAUUAAAAAAAAUGACAAUUCCAUGAAAAAUUUAAAACAUGUCAAGGUUACUGUCAAUACAAAUGAAAAAAAAAAAGACCUAGACGAUAAAGUUCAAUGUGGUUGUGAAAUAAAAUAUACUGAGGAUAAUACUGAUAGUGGAAAUAAUGCUGAUAUUUCACAAUUAUCAAAAAAUGAUAAUAAAUUGUCCUCGAGGGAAAGUACAUUGACUCAAAUGAAUGAAAAAUCAUUGAAAAAUUCAUCAUCAGAUAGUGAUGAUAAAAAAAAGGAAGAAAAAUACAAAAUAAAUCACAAUCAAUGUUCACCAUGUGGGAAAAUUGCAAUUAGAAAAAGUCAAGAGAGAAAUAAUAAUUAUGAAAAUUUAAAUUUUGAGAUUGCUGAUAAAUUAUUAUCAACUAAAAGAAGUGAACGAAGAAAAUUAAAAUCCAAAGAUCCAAUAAUUGAAUCUUCUCAGGCUGAAUUUUACGAAAAGAGCACAAACGACGAUGACCUUGUUGUCGAAAAUUUAAGUAACAACUCAAACGAUAAAUUACUCAUCACGUCGAGAGAAAAAAAUAGAAAAUCAAGAGAACGUUUUUCGAAUGAUUAUUAUCGAAAACGUGGCGGCGGUGGCGAAAAAAAAUUAUUUGACUUUAGAUCAACAAGUGAUUUUGAAUGUGAAAUGCAAAAAAGUAGAAAUAGUAAUAAUAAUAAUAAUAAUUCUUGGUUUGUCGAAAAUAACGAAGAUUCUUCAUUAGAAAUAAUAACUAAAAAUUAUCCUAAUUAUAAUGACGAUAAUCAACAAUUAUUAAUAGAGAGAACAAAUUUUUUAAAUAAGGAAAUUUCAAGUGAAAAAUUAUUUUCCUCAUUUCUUGAUGAAUCACUUGAUCUCAUUAGUGAACCAAUUGGACGAAAAAAAAUUUUAUCUGACGAUUCGCAAAUUUUUCACGAAAGAAAAUCAAUGAAAAAUGAAGGCAAAUGUUAUACUAAAUAUUGUUACGAUCGUUCGCAAAAUUAUCAUUAAAAUUAUUGUUUAUAAAUGAUAAAUAAUUACAAAAUACAAAAAAAAAAAAAUUUGAAAAAUUUACGAAAAAAAAUGUUAAUUUAAAAUUAAUUCGAAA